AUGCUUAAAGUUGGAACAAAAUCAUGGCAAGUCACAUAUCUAGCUUGUGAAGAUAGCUCAAUAUCUGAUGCCAAAUUUUUCCCAGUUUGUGUAAUGAGGCCUGGUGAUAUGCAGUUUUCAGUCAAUGGUGAAGCCGAGAGAUGCUUGCUAUGUUAUAUUGCAUGGUCAGUCAUGAGGCUUGUGAAUGUUGUUGUUGAGAAGACGCGCAAGAAGGAAGUCACAUCAAUUACAGUUGCAGCUGAUGCAAUUGGUAUUUCGCGCAUGCUGAUUGAUAUUCGACAUGAGGGAUCACACUGGGAGCUUCCAUCACUUAAGAUUGUUCGUAGUGCUUCUGUCAAGGCACUUGUGUUAGAGAUUGUUUCUGUGUUGUUGGAGUAUCUUUUGAAAGCUUUAAGUUCCUCAGAGUUGGAAGAGAAUGCAGAUGAUGCUUCAAUUGGUCUAACCACAAAGAACGUUUUGGCUGAUUGGAAGCUUAUCUUACUCAAAUUGUGCAAUAAGGAACCAGAAUUACUUCUGAAUCUUCUUAAGGAAGUCCUAGAUAUGAUUGAGAGUCGGGAAGAUAUGAAGCGUGAAGAAGAUAACCCAAAUAUGGGAAUUUCGCAAUCGAGGACAGAGUUUCGGCUUUCUUCUUUGUUUGCUUGGUCAUCUGGCUGUCUUCCGGUUCUUGACAUUUUCGACAAUGAAAAACAAAAUCAAGUAUCAUCUGGUUGUCUUCCCGUUGUUGACAUUACUGACUAUGAAGAACAGGAUCAAUUAUUGGAAAAGAAAGAGAGUUGGAAAUUGGCCCCACAUGGUGCCAAGAGAGAUGCCACAUUUGACCUUCUGCAACUUGAGAAAUCAACUGUUAAGAAGAUGAGGGGGACCGAAGAAUUUAGUGAAUUAAACAAUGAAUUUCCAUUGCAAGGGGACAAAGGAUAUCUCAUAGUAGGCGGAGUUUGGAGGAAACUUACAGAAGAAGAGCUCCUUGUCAUUGAGUCUUCUGUAAGGAUUUUAGUUUAG